GUUUGCCCCAAAAGACCGUGGCGCCAGCGAUGCCCUUGGCGCCGACAUCGAUUAACUCCCUGCGCUGACCCGCGCUGAACCGCCACAGCCUCCUUCCUAUUCUCCUACUGUUGCUGCGCUUGUCCUUCCCUAGUAUCUCGCCCUCGUUCCUCCUAAUUGUGUAGUAAUCGCCCUCGCGAUCCGUCCCAGCCUUCUCCGCACCCCUUCCGCACGCGCUCACGAGCCACACGUUUGCACGUUCUCAGCCUCGCCUCCUCCCUCCCCGAUAGCUGAACUCCGACUCCCCGUACCCAUCUGAUUACUUUGGACGCCUGAAUAUUCUCUCGGCGCCCCUAAUUAUAGCUUGCGACACUUAUCCACGCUCUCGAGUCCUUCGCCGCAAUCGCUUCCUUGAGCCUUGCGUUGCCUUUCACGCCAGUUCCUACCCUGUUAGAUAAUGAGAUUACUGCAGUAUGCAGCAGCGGUUGCAACAGCAUCAUGUUUGGCGAUGGGGAUAGCGGCCCCAGCGCCGUCCGAGGCCGAAGGAUCGUCGGGAUCAAGUGCUUCGCUGGUGAAGAGAGUGGAGGACAAGUCGAAGAACAAAUACUUCCAUGAGCCUGGCGGUGAUGAUAUUAUGGGCCAUUACGAUAUCCGAUAUUUCAAAGGCGUUGUAGAUUACGAUGAACGAACCGAUACCCUCACACAUAUGAUUCGCGCAUACUUGAACUUUUUCAGAGAGAAUGGGCUGGACACCUGGAUAGCGCACGGGACUCUAUUAGGAUGGUGGUGGAAUGGAAAGAUGUUACCAUGGGAUUGGGAUGUUGAUACCCAGGUCUCGGGUGCGACGCUUCAUCAUCUGGGCGAGAAGUACAAUCAAACGUACAACCACUACGUCUCCGAAGAUGGGAAAGUGAAGAGAGAAUAUCUCCUGGAUGUGAACUCGUGGAUAUGGGAGCGCGAGCGAGGCGAUGGAAUGAAUAUCAUUGACGCUCGAUGGAUCGAUAUUCGGAACGGCCUCUACAUCGAUAUCACAGGACUCAGCGAAACCCACCCGGACGCCGCUCCUGGCGUUUGGGUGUGUAAGAACUACCAUCGUUACAGAACGAGCGACUUGUACCCACUAAGGGAGAGUGUGUACGAAGGUGUCCUGGCGAAAAUUCCCUACGCCUAUGACAAGAUUCUGACUGAGGAAUAUCAACAAAAAGCUCUGGUUCUGACCUCGUAUGAAGGGUAAGUUUGUAUUGCAAGCC